AGAGAGCCCUGCCCACUCUCUCAAAACCAUUCAACUUGUGCACAGUGAGCACUCACAGACUUCUACAGAGAACUACGCUUCCCUGGGGUAACCUUCUGAAGACGACUGACCUUCCCACACAAAACCUCCCAAGGAUCAGACAUCAUCUCCACUCCAGCACUGGCAAGACCAUCUUCUGUCCACACCUCUCCUUCUUCAGCCAUCUCUCCUUUUUAAACACAAGGAUUAUUCUUUUUUGUUCUCACUUUUAGGUGUCACUUUUUAAACUUUUAUUCCAAGUCUCACAGUGCUGCCUACAUUUAUUUGUCCAGAGCUUACCUUGUCUGGAGGAGUUUUUUAAAUCUCUUUUGGUAGAAGGACUGAUAGUUUUCCCCACUCUCGUCUUUUCACCUACCAGUUGGUGCUCGCUGCGCUGCUCUCUACGUUGUCCCGGCAGCAGACCUGUCUAGUCCAGGAUGUCUCCUUUGCCCCUGCUGAGUGGGAUGUUGCUGCUCUUUGCCCAUAGCUGUGGCGGGGCCGGCUCUUUGUCCGUGGCGAUGGGUGGUGGCCAGACGCCACCACAGACCCAGUCCCAGCUGGUGCCAGAGGACACUGACUGCCCGUCCUGCGCCCUGGCGCGGCUCAACGAGGAGGAGGAUGGCAGCAAACCCGAGGUGGUGGAGGCGGUGAAGAGGCACAUCCUCAACAUGCUGCACCUGCAGGUGCGGCCCAAUGUCACACACCCGGUGCCCCGCGCUGCUCUGCUCAAUGCCAUCCGCAAGCUGCACGUGGGAAGAGUGGCCGAGGACGGCAGCGUCCAGAUCGAGGAUGGGGGCCACGGGCGCCCCAAUGCCGCCGACAUGGUCGAGACGACUGAGAUCCUUACCUUCGCAGAGGCCGGCGACUCCCAGGGUGCGGUCAACUUCCUCAUUUCCAAGGAGGGCGGUGAGCUGUCUCUGGUGGAGCAGGCUAAUGUAUGGAUCUUCCUCCGGCUGGCCAAGACCAAUCGCAGCCGUGCCAAGGUCACUAUACGCCUGUUGCAGCAGCACCAUGGCGGAGACGGCCAUGAAGAGUCUGUGCCACUGGCCGAGAAGGCAGUGGACACGCGGCGCAGUGGCUGGCACACUUUUCCCGUGUCAGCCAGCGUCCAGGCUCUGUUGAAGGGCGGCGGCAGCAUGCUCAGUGUGAAGAUCUCCUGCCCGCUGUGCGCCAAUGCUGGCGCCACACCCAUCCUGGUGUCGACCAGCGGCAACCAGGAGCGUGAGCAGUCCCACCGGCCCUUCCUCAUGGCGGUAGUGCAGCAGGGCGAGGGCGGCGAGCCACGGCGACGCCACAAAAGGGGCCUGGAAUGCGACGGCAAGGUGCGUGCUUGCUGCAAGCGCCAGUUCUAUGUCAAUUUCAAGGACAUUGGCUGGAGCGACUGGAUCAUAGCACCGGGGGGCUACCACGCCAACUACUGUGAGGGCGACUGCCCCAGCCACGUGGCUAGCAUCACAGGCUCCUCGCUGUCCUUCCACUCCACCGUCAUCAAUCACUACCGCAUACGGGGCUACGCGCCCUUCCAGAACAUUAAGUCAUGCUGCGUGCCCACUAGGCUACGCGCCAUGUCUAUGCUCUACUACAAUGAGGAGCAAAAGAUCGUCAAAAAGGACAUCCAGAACAUGGUUGUAGAGGAGUGUGGCUGCUCGUAAAAGCCUGGCGGAGCUGGUGGGGCUGGGAAGUUGGUCUCAUGCCCAGAGAGACAGAACUAAACGGAAGAGGCCCUUUAUCUCUCUCUCUCUUGCGUGCAAGACACUUGUCAAGACCGAUUCCUAUUUGGACUCAAUGACUGGCUUGUUCUCCGUCGUUGGCAAGUCCAGGGGGUAUCUAUAACUCAGAGAAAUCUCUGUGGCACUUUCAAAAAAAAAAGACAUAAUAUCUAAUAUAUUUUUGUUACACAACAAAGGGAGGGAGGUGAGAGGAUAUUUAUGUGACCCAGAUGCGGUGUAGUUGCUCCUUUCAUGUACUGCAAGAUGAGAGACCAUGCGAAUGAGGUGCCUGAAAAAUAUACAGUUGAAGUCGGAAGUUUACAUACACCUUAGCCAAAUACAUUUAAACUCAGGUUU